GUAGGUCGCACAAGAGGGUAACGUUAGCUAAGUUAGCACUAAUGGUUAACCCGAAGGUUCCACCAUAUUUCAUUCAAUAUUCUGACAGUGUAACGCGCUAAAACACGGUGUUAGCAUCAGCUGAUAAAUCUGCACAGAAUAAUUUAAACAUACUGACUUUAACUGCAUUGCCACAUUCAGCUUGUGACGGUAUUGUUCGAGCUCAAUAAACACCCAGUGUACAGUUGAAAGCAGCUAAAAGAAGCUAAAACUUUUACUUCACGUUUGGUGAAAUGUAACGGCGCUUCGCGGUUCAUGUAUAUGUAGGCUUUGCCCUAAGACUAAAACAAGACCAGUCCUGCUUAAAUUGCUGUUUGUGAAUACAGUGUUGUGCCACAUUGGCUGGGAAAAAAACAAAUACUAAAAACCAAGAACAGAGCUAACCGUUAUCGCUAAGCUAACAACAAUAACAGUUGACGUGCUAAGCAGACUGGUUACUUUGUCGUGAGACACAUGGCUGGGAGUGGUUCAGAUGGAACUGAAGACUCUGACUCCUCUGCUGAAAGAGAACAGACCAAUAGCUCAGAAAGUGAAGGGACUGUGCCCAAGAGACAGCGCCUCACCAGAGCCUCUACUCGCCUUAGCCAAAGCUCUCAGGAUACUCAGGAAUUAAAGCGAGCUGUGGAUCACGAUGAAUCUCCACCACUGACGCCCACUGGAAAUGCACCCUCCUCUGAAUCAGAGUUGGACAUCUCCAGUCCCAAUGCCUCACAUGAUGAGAGCCAGGCCAAGGACCAAGCCAACAGAGAUUCGGAUAAAGAUCUCUCCCACCGACCUAAACGCCGCCGCUGUCACGAAACCUAUAAUUUCAACAUGAAAUGUCCAACCCCGGGGUGCAAUUCCCUUGGUCACCUCACAGGAAAGCAUGAACGUCAUUUUGCUGUGUCAGGCUGUCCUCUUUACCACAAUCUUUCUGCUGAUGAAUGCAAGGUAAAAGCCAUUAGCCGUGAGAAACAAGAGGAGGAGGUAAAGGCACAGGAGGACAGCAACUCGCGCCAUGCAACUCGUCACCAGACACCAACACCGAAACAGAUUCGAUACAAGGAGCAAGUGGCUGAGAUAAGGAAGGGUCGAAACUCUGGCCUGCAGAAGGAGCAGAAAGAAAAGCAUGUGGAGCAUCGGCAAACACACGGCAACACCAGAGAGCCUCUGCUGGAGAACAUCACCAGUGAAUAUGACCUGGAGCUGUUCAGGAAAGCACAGGCCCGAGCAUCUGAAGACCUGGAGAAGCUGCGCAUCCAGGGUCAGAUCACCGAGGGCAGUAACAUGAUCAAGACUAUCUUGUUUGGUCGCUACGAGCUGGACACCUGGUACCACUCGCCCUAUCCUGAGGAGUAUGCGCGUCUGGGUCGUCUGUACGUCUGUGAAUUCUGCCUCAAAUACAUGAAGAGCCAGACCAUCCUCAGGCGACACAUGGCCAAAUGUGUGUGGAAGCAUCCUCCAGGAGAUGAGGUGUACAGAAAGGGGUCUAUAUCUGUUUUUGAAGUCGAUGGCAAAAAGAAUAAGAUCUACUGUCAGAACUUGUGUUUACUUGCCAAGCUUUUUCUGGACCACAAAACACUUUACUAUGACGUGGAGCCUUUUCUCUUCUAUGUCAUGACUGAAGCUGACAACACUGGCUGCCAUUUAGUAGGCUAUUUUUCAAAGGAGAAAAAUUCCUUCCUGAACUACAAUGUAUCCUGUAUCCUGACAAUGCCACAGUACAUGAGACAAGGCUUUGGAAAGAUGCUCAUUGACUUUAGUUAUCUGUUGUCUAAAGUUGAGGAGAAGGUGGGCUCGCCAGAGAGACCUCUUUCUGAUCUGGGCCUCAUCAGUUACAGGAGUUACUGGAAGGAGGUAUUACUCAGAUACAUGUACAACUUUCAAGGCAAGGAGAUCUCCAUCAAAGAGAUCAGUCAGGAAACUGCUGUCAACCCGGUGGACAUUGUGAGCACCCUGCAGUCUCUUCAGAUGCUGAAGUAUUGGAAGGGAAAGCACUUAGUACUGAAGCGUCAGGACCUGAUUGAUGAGUGGAAAGCAAAGGAGAUCAAGCGAGGCAAUAGCAACAAAACCAUCGACCCAAGCUCGCUAAAAUGGACCCCUCCCAAAGGGACAUAAACACUGAGAAGCUCAGGCUACUGAAAACACUCGCCUCUAGCCUCACCAGCCACAAGUAGCCUAGACCUAUGAACUGUCAAUAAAGAUCAGUGUUUUUUUUCUUUCAUCCCUUUGACCCUGUUUAUUUCUUCUUGUCUGUAAUGUGAAUUUUUUAAAUACCUUUUUAUAUUUUACUGUCAUUUCUAGCCAAACCAGCAUACGUUCCAAGUCAAAUGCUUUUUGUCAGCAUUGUGAAACAUGAGUGUCGAGGAUUUGCUUUAAAACUGCCUUUGUGUGCUGAAUGUUAAAUGAUGAACGGUCCAAUGUGAUGGAUAACAUUAAUGUUAGAAUAGCUACAUUUGAGUGCAUUUAGAGGUUAUUUUUAUUUACUAUGAGAAAUGUGCUUUUUGACAAUGGUGGUUAUUCUUUUUGAGCGUUAAUACAGUAACUGUUAGCAUGAAUCGAAACAUGAAAUUGAGCAGGGUGUACUUUUAAUGAGUAUGAUUUAUGGCAACACGCCUUUGGUUGGUAUAAAAUUGUAUAGAUCUUCGUCAUAAUGUCUCUUUUUUUUUUUUUUUCUAAUUCCAUCAAUACAGGAUUCUGAUCCAUUCCUUUGCUGAACCUGCCAAUGAUGAGGGGAAAGAGGAGAUUUUUAAUUUGCUGAGGAUAUAAAAUACAAAUGUAACACCACUAUAUGAAUGCACAUAGAAACAAAACAGCCUCAGGUUUUUAUACUGGUACAAUCGUACCUUGCUUGUAUGGGUUCUCUGAAUCAUGGAUCGCAGUGGUCUUUGCAGAACGAUUUACUUUGGGUAGAGAUUCUGUAAUAAACAGGAAACGUUUGACUAGGAUGGUUUUCGGCUUGUACUUUGAAUCAUAGCUGUGUAAUGUGUAUUAGCACUUUGAUAUUUUUAAUAUCAAUAAAGCUGCCUUGAUAUUUUGAAAUAUCUACAAUUUA